AUGGAUGCAUGUCAUCUAUUGCUUGGUCGACCAUGGCAGUAUGACAGGAAAGUAAACCAUGAUGGUCGAGCUAAUUCAUAUAGUUUCAUGUUUGAAGGAGUCAAGAUUACUCUCGUUCCAUCCAGACCAACUACAAAGGUUACAACAAACACCACCACUCCAAACCUACUGUCUAUGACACAAUUCAAUGAAGAGAUAAAAGAAACAGGUGUUGUUUAUGUCCUGUUUGGAAAAGAAGUUCACCAGCCAUGUUUAACAUCCGAUUCUGUUCAGUCUCUAUUGAGUGAAUUUCAGGACGUGUUCCCUGAAGAGCUUCCUGAUGAGCUUCCCCUACUUCGUGACAUCCAACAUCAUGUAGACCUCGAACCAGGGGCAGAUCUUCCCCACCGACCACAUUAUCGCAUGAGUCCUCAUGAACAUGAAGAACUUAGGUGUCAAGUAGAGGAGUUGCUCUCUAAAGGACACAUACGGGAAAGCAUGAGUCCUGUUGCGGUACCGGCAUUGUUAACUCCAAAAAAAAGAUGGUUCAUGGCGCAUGUGUGUAGAUAG